AUGUACGCAGAUGAAGAGGUGGAAGAGAUCAGCCAAGAAGAUUGCUGGGACGUCAUCAAGGCCUUUUUCGAAGAGAAGGGCCUGGUGCGCCAGCAAAUUGACAGUUUCAACGAGUUCAUGAGUAACACAGUGCAGGAACUCGUUGAAGAGAGUCGAAGUCUGACCUUGGAACAGAGUGACCAGCACACUGGCCACGCGGAGGACAAGUCGCGUCGGUACGAGAUUGAGUUUGGUCAGAUCUACAUGAACAAGCCGCAACAGACUGAGGCAGAUGGUAGCACAGCUCCCCUCUUUCCCCAAGAGGCUCGCCAGCGUAACUUGACGUACUCGGCGGGUCUGCAUGUGGAUGUCUCUCAGAAGGUCUUGGUCAAGGGCGAGGAAGGCGAGCUGGAUGAGAACGGUGACCAGCUUUGGGUGCCUGAUCCGAGCCGCGAGGAGAUUGUCGAUGAGAAGGUGUAUCUUGGCAAGGUCCCUAUCAUGCUGCACUCACACUUUUGCUGGCUGACGGACCUGCCGGACGAUGGCAAGUACAGUUUGAACGAGUGCCCUUUCGACUCGGGUGGCUACUUUAUCAUUAAUGGCUCUGAAAAAGUACUGAUUGCUCAGGAGCGCAUGGCGGCGAACCAUGUGUAUGUGUUUUCCAAGGCUCCCCCUUCGCCCAUCACGUUCCUUGCCGAGAUCCGCAGUGCUGUGGAGCGGGGUGGCAAGACGAUCAGCACCAUGCAGGUAAAACUGUUCUCGCGCAACCGUGAGAAGAGCUUGAACAACACGAUCAAGGCAACGCUGCCUUACAUCCGCAAUGACAUCCCGAUCGUGAUUGUCUUCCGUGCGCUGGGUGUUGUGCCUGACCGCGAAGUGUUGCAACACAUUUGCUACGACUUCAAUGAUACACAGAUGCUAGAGAUGCUCAAGCCCUGCAUUGAAGAGGCCUUUGUGAUCCAGGAUCGUGAGGUUGCGCUCGACUUUAUUGGUCGUCGUGGCACGACCACAGGUCUUUCACGCUUUAAGCGCACGACCUAUGCCCAGGAGAUUCUGCAAAAGGAGAUGCUUCCCCACAUUUCCAUGUCCGAAGGAUCGAAUACGAAGAAGGCCUACUUCUUCGGGUACAUGGUGCACCGCCUCCUGCUCGCCGCGCUGGACCGCCGCGAGAUAGAUGACCGUGACCACUUUGGCAAGAAGCGCCUGGACUUGGCGGGUCCCCUGCUGAGUGGCCUGUUCCGCAUGCUUUUCCGCAAAGUCACCCGCGACAUUUACCGGCACUUGCAGCGCUGUGUGGAAGACCAGAAGGAGUUCCACCUGCAGGCAGCGGUGCGUCAUGCGACCAUCACCAAUGGUUUGCGCUACUCACUGGCUACGGGUAAUUGGGGUGAUCAAAAGAAAGCGAUGCAGUCCAAGGCGGGUGUGUCGCAGGUGCUGAACCGAUAUACGUUUGCAUCGACCCUGUCGCACUUGCGGCGUUGUAACACGCCUAUUGGACGGGAUGGCAAAAUCGCAAAGCCGCGGCAACUGCACAAUACGCAUUGGGGUAUGGUGUGCCCCGCCGAGACGCCCGAGGGCCAAGCGUGUGGGCUGGUGAAGAAUUUAAGUCUCAUGUCGAACAUCUCUGUCGGCACACCAUCUGCACCGAUUGUUGAGUUCUUGGAGGAGUUUGGGCUGAAUAGUCUCGUGGACAUGCAGGCGGCGGACCCCAAGGCGACCAAGGUAUUUGUGAACGGUGUAUGGCUGGGUACACACGACGAUCCUGGCCAGCUUGUUGAUACGCUGCGCGAUUUGCGCCGCAAAGACGACAUUAGCUACGAAGUGAGUGUGGUGCGUGACAUCCGUGAGAAGGAGCUGCGUAUCUACACGGAUGCAGGUCGUAUGCUGCGCCCGCUGUUCAUUGUGGACCAGCAGAGCAUGACGCUGCUGAUCAAGCGACACCAUGUGCGGGCGCUCAACGACGAGGACGGCGAGGGCUGGGACUGGACGCGCCUGGUCCAGUCUGGCGUCAUUGAAUAUCUGGACACAGAGGAAGAGGAGACGGUGCUGAUCUGCAUGAGUCCAACGGAUCUGGAGCAGUCGCGCGAGUACAAGGCGACCAACGGCCACAUGCCACCGGACACGUCGGACGCAACGCGGCGUCUGCGAUCGGCGCAUACCUUUGCGCCCGACACGUGGACGCACUGUGAGAUUCACCCGGCGAUGAUUCUGGGUGUGUGUGCGAGCAUUAUUCCAUUCCCCGACCACAACCAGUCGCCGCGUAACACGUACCAAUCGGCCAUGGGCAAGCAAGCUAUGGGUGUCUUUUUGACCAACUACCAGAUUCGCAUGGAUACGAUGGCGAACAUCUUGUACUAUCCACAAAAGCCGCUGGCCACGACACGUGCGAUGGAGCACCUGCGCUUCCGCGAGCUGCCAGCGGGCCAGAAUGCCAUUGUGGCCAUUCUUUGCUAUUCGGGCUACAACCAGGAGGACUCCGUGAUUAUGAACCAGUCGGCUAUUGACCGGGGUCUGUUCCGCUCGCUGUACUAUCGCACGUUCCAGGACAUGGAGAAGAAGGUCGGUGUGAUCACAAUGGAGGAGUUUGAGAAACCGACACGCGAGACGGCCAUCCGCCUGAAACAUGGCACGUACGAGAAACUAGAUAUCGAUGGUCUCGUUCCACCUGGCACGCGUGUUUCAGGCGAGGACAUCAUUAUUGGUAAAACGGCGCCAUUGCCGCCGGAUAGUGAUGAGCUGGGUAUGCGCAGCAAGACGCACACGAAGAAGGAUGUGAGUACGCCGAUGAAGAGCACUGAGAGUGGCAUCAUUGACCAGGUGCUGAUCACGACCAACGGCGAAGGUGCCAAGUUUGUGAAGGUGCGUGUGCGUUCGACGCGUGUGCCGCAGGUGGGCGACAAAUUUGCGUCGCGCCACGGACAGAAGGGUACCAUUGGCAUCACGUACCGCCAGGAAGAUCUGCCGUUCACGGCUGAGGGUAUUACGCCCGACAUUAUCAUCAACCCGCACGCCAUCCCCAGUCGUAUGACCAUCGGGCAUCUGGUCGAGUGUCUGCUGUCGAAGGUGGCAACGCUCUCGGGCCAAGAGGGCGAUGCGACGCCGUUUACUGACCUCACUGUUAAGGGCGUGAGUGACAUUUUGUUCUCGCUGGGCUACCAGUCGCGUGGUCUCGAGGUCAUGUACAAUGGCCACACGGGCCGCAAGCUGCAGGCGCAGGUGUAUCUGGGCCCGACAUACUACCAGCGUCUGAAGCACAUGGUGGACGACAAGAUCCACAGCCGCGCGCGCGGUCCCGUGCAGAUUCUUACGCGGCAGCCUGUCGAGGGUCGCAGCCGCGACGGUGGUCUGCGUUUUGGUGAGAUGGAGCGCGACUGUAUGAUCUCACACGGUAUGGCCAACUUUUUGAAGGAGCGCAUGUAUGAUGCAAGCGAUGCGUACCGCCUGCACAUCUGCGAUCUGUGCGGCUUAACAGCGGUGGCGAACUUACGCAAGUCAACGUUCGAGUGCCGCGCAUGUCGCAACCGCUCAGCCAUUUCGCAGAUCCACAUUCCCUAUGCGGCCAAGCUCCUGUUCCAAGAGCUGAUGAGCAUGGGCAUUGCGACUCGCUUGUACUAG